AUGACCAUUUCAUUUAUUUUCGGAGACACAGGAGUCAUACCACCUGCACUUGAGAUGGCUGAAGCUUUUAGAGAAGCAUCAAUAGAUUCUGAUAUUGCCACUUCAGAUCUAACGUCAUACGAAAUUGAACUUUAUUAUAAAAAGACUGGGUCGAAAUUCAAAGAAGACAAAAAUGUUGCUGACAAAUCUCUCAAUGUUAAUGAAACAAGAUCCAACACCAUCAAAAAUACGCUUAAUCACGUUGACUAUGUGGUUGAUUUUGGAUUGUUAGGUUCGAAUAUUGGUAAAUUAAGAUUGUAA